GUGCUGCUAGAGUUGAAAAACUCGUAAUAAUUUGUUUUGGGAGUGGUUUUGUUUGGCAAUUGAACGCGUUUGUUUAUUAAAUAAGAUAACUUAGGAGAGAUUAGUUGAGAUUCUAUCUCUGACACACAAUGAAGUCCUGGGAGAUACUGGUUGUGGCCCUCGCUGCAGUUUAUUUGUGCUGGCAAGUUGAUUUUGUGUCCGGGCUGGAGUGCUAUGUGUGUUCCAACCAGACGGGUAACACUGAGAAAUGCUUGAACACCAUCAAGACCUGCGAGUCCUACGAAAACACCUGCGGCACAGAGAUCCGCUGGGGAUCGCAGCCCUACUUUUCUGAGGGUGCCCUGAAGCAGUACUACGUGUCCAAGCGGUGCAUGACCAAGGAGCAGUGCCAGUCGAAGCGAAAGAGGUACAUGCAGCUCUACUGCACCCACAUCUGGUACGAGGACUGGGCCUGCAACGAGUGCUGCCAAGGCGAUCGCUGCAAUUACUUCGUGAUUAGUGGCGCUUCUUCAAACCACGUGUUUGGCCUGACCCUAGCUCUGGGAAUCACAAUUUCAGGACUGGGACUCUGGCUUGCUCAAUAGUGCUAGCCUUGAUGGCUCACCGAAGUCAAGACAAUUUCCGUUCAGUCCUCUGUUUUACAUCCGUCCAUAAGCUAAGUGAUUCUGUCCACAUAAGUAGUUUUUAGACAAAGUGCCUUGACCCAACAGGUCGCCGAUUCCAUCCACUAUUUCAUAAAUUUUAUAAGGAACAUACAUAAGACACUCCUACUGUACAAUUUGACUCAAUCGAAUAUACUUACAUGUUUGUUUAUAAAAACAAUUCCACCUUGGGCCAGAAUGUGCCUUCGAAUAAACUUCACUUUAUAAUUACUCAA